CGUUCUGAUCUAAAUGUAAUUAAUCUUGAAAAUUUAACUAUAAAAAUUUGUAAACCAAACUCUAAGCCAUUUCUAGUAGCUUUAUGGUACAGACCUGUUCUCCAACCGAUUUAUUUUCGAGUUAAGAGUCAUUUAUAGGCAAAUUAAAUUCUCUCGACCUAGAGUACUAUUUGCUCGGUGACUUACACUGUAAUUUGGCCUCUCCUACACCAGAUGCAAACACUCAUCAUUCACUUGCGAUUUCGGAUUUAUAUGGGCUCAAACAACUGAUAAAUGAACCAACGCGUCUUGCAGAAUCCUUAUCUACACUAAUUAAUUUGAUCUAA